AUGAAUCCUCAGCUAGAGAUCAGCAUGAUGUGUGAUUCGUCUUCUUUCAAGGUGUGUGACAGCUGUCCUGUAAGGAGUUCCAAAGACCACCUGCUCCUCAGUGUGGGCACAGAGAUAUAUAAGGUUUGCCCRAAUCCAGAUGCUCUCCUGCCAUUCCUCAUUAAGGAUAACCCUAUGAUGCCAGUUAUCUAUAACCACAGGAUCCAGAUCAGUGUUAAUACAUCAGACUGGGAGUGGAUCAGUACAGGUCUCUACCUCUCUCCUGGCAUGAAGACCUACAUUGCCAUACCAGCAGAGAUGGUCAACAGUGGAUGGAAGAUCCAGAUAGGCUGUCAGACAGACAGACUGAAUCAUGCAGAGUUGAAGAGAGCACCAUGCGUCCAUGAACAAUUUUCYAUAACUGCAGAGAUGAUGCAGGUGUGCAACCUCUGGGGUGGACUCAUCUACCUGGUGGCCCCUGCCAAAGCACAAGUGGAGGGUCAGAUCAUUGUGCAGAUGGCUGUACCUGCGCCAUAUUACAAAUUUGGUGAGUGCUUUAGAGGUUGA